AUGUUCAUCGCUAACGAAGAUUUCCAAGUUCGGUAUGAUUCUUUGCCUGGAUUUUUUAACCGUAAAGCAGCAGAGCAGUCAGCUGCAGAGGUUGCUUUGAUGGAGUUGGCCAAAUCUGGUAAAGUUAAUCACUCCAUCACUCAACCUGUUCAUGAAACUGGAUUAUGCAAGAAUCUACUUCAGGAGUAUGCUCAGAAAAUGAACUAUGCAAUGCCAAUGUAUCAAUGCAAAAAAGAUGAUGCACCACCAGGUAGAGCACCGUUAUUUUCAUGUACAGUCGACAUUGGAGGGAUUCACUAUGUUGGGGGAACAACAAAAACAAAGAAGGAAGCAGAGAUAAAAGCCGCAAGAACUGCUUUAUUAGCUAUCCAGACAAAUGCAUCUCAGACUUCUCAAAACCAGUUUGGCCAUUUGAUUGUCAUUCCAUCCAGAAAAAGAGCAGCAGAUUUUGUCGCUGAUGAGGCUUCAAAAGCUCCAAAGCCUAAGAAAGCACGCUUUAAAAGGAAAUUUCCCAAGAGGAAACCGUCUGAAGACAAGAAGCCUCAUGUGCAGACUGACAAUACUGGUGAUGGAGGAAAUAUCAAUCACGGGAUAAAAUCACUUGCAACUGCUAAUGAUGAAUCUGGCAUUCAGGAAAUCAAAUCUGAAGCAAUGUUCCCUUCAGAAACUGCAAUAUCUCUGGCUUGA